AUGUCUCAAGUUUCAAUUUUACCAAUAACAACCAGUUCCACUACUUCUUUGGAAAUUACUCCAUCCCAAGUAAUUACCGCUACUACCACUGUUCCUACUACCGUGCGAAAAACAAAAACGAUUAAUAGAUCACAGAUAAAAACUUCCACAGUAUUUAAAGAUGUGCCAACUAGCAGUGUCUUUUUUUGUUUUUUGGGAAUAAUAACUUAUAAAAUUCGAAAAAGAUUACAAGACAAAAAAAAUGAGGGGAGGGAAAGUUCUUCGUUUUCGCCCACUACUCCUCAAACACCCAACACUCCUUCUUCGGCCGGAUUAAAAGAAAGAAAAAAUCGCGACCAAACUCACGAAUUACAAAAAGAGGUUAAUAAGGAUUUGACUGAGUUGGGGGAAAAAGUUAAGGCAUUUAACAGCAAUAAACCUAUUGCGGAAAGUAAUGAUAACCAAGGAGGAAUUAAAGUUGAUGAAUUAGAGCAAGAACUUGAUGCAGUUAAAAAAGAACUCGCAAACUUAAAAGAAAAAAUCACAGAAUACGAAAAAUUAACUGAUGAAAUUGGUGGAGCAGUAAAAGAUAUUGGAGAUAAACCUAAACAAAUUCACGAAGAGCAAAAGAAAACUAAAACUUUGGUUGGUGAAUUAAGUGUAGGAGUUUUGGCGAUUAUUGGCACAUUUAAAAAAUUAAAAUGUAUUUGUGAUUUUUCGGAAAAAUGUUGUAAAGAUUGUCCUUGUAUUCAAGCAUCUAUCCAAAAAAAAGACGAUAAGAUAAAUGAAUUGCAGCAAAAAGUUUUAGAACUCUUGUCUCGGCAAAAAGUUAAUAUUUCUUAUUUAGAAACUAACAAUAAUCCUAAAUUAGAGACAGAUGUUAAAAGAUUAAGAAAACACCGCGAUCAGUUUUAUCAGGAAAAUCAAGAACUAAAAAAACAAUUAGCCGAAAAAGAUUUAGUUAUCAUUUCUUUACAAGAGGAAAAAAAAGAAGUUUGGGAAUUAUUUGAAGAGAUUAAAAAGGAUAGUGUUGAGGUUGAAGCAGUAAUUAUUGGGUUUAGGGUUAUUUAUAAAUUAUCUAAAUCUGAAGAAACAAAUAAAAAGGAAGAAGAAGAAUUUAUUGAUAACCGAACUGCUUGUCAAAAAUAUUUAAAUAACUUAGAUGAUAAAUUGCAAAGUUUUCCUAAAGAAGAAGUAAAAAAAGGUUUGGAAAAAUUACUCAAUAAUAUUAAGACAAAUUCACAUUAUCCUAGCGAAUUACAAACAAAUAAAAAUGAAACAGUAAAGAAGUUAGAAAAAAUAUUAAAUGAUAUUAGAGUGCUUGAUUGUCAAGAGUAUAAAGAUUUAAUAUUUAUAUUUAUCUCUACCUCAGUUGAUAGUAGUAAAUUAGAAAUAAAAGGAGGUUCUUGGAGUGAUGGAGAAGAAACCCAAAUAAUCCUUUGUCAACUAGCUGAAACUUAUCUUAAUCAAAACUACCCCCAGAAUGGAACUUGUCAAAUAGAGAAUGAGGGUUAUGAGCUUGAUAACUUUGGCAAAACCCGAGCCGAAAUAAAAAAGUUAGAUAUAAGUGGAAGAGGUUUAGAAGGAAACUUAGACCUUUCUGAUUUUCCAAAUUUAGA